CUGAGUGUAUCAUCAUCGCCAAUUAGGAUCUGGACGCAAACAGCAACAAGUAAACCAAUAUUAAUUUACACAGCUGAUACUCGUGGACAAGAGAGGAUCCAGAAUCGACAGAACAGAAUGCCAUCAAUGAUGCUUUCAUUCUACCCUUCUGUUCUUCUGAUGCUAUUCAAGAUAAUGGCGACAGACACAAGAUCAUCCUCAGAAUGUCAGCGGAAAAAUACCGAUUCCUGUCCGUCAGGUCAUGAACUUAUGCGCUGCCCGUCGGAUGGAGGAUACAGGUGCCAGCAGUGUGGGGGGUUCUCCUUUCAACCCAACGAAAACUGGCUGGGGGAUCGAUGCCGUCUCAGGCGAGUGUGCGACAACCCACACAUGGACUACAAGGACCACGGCUCCACCACCAAAGACGCCGACUGCCAGUGUCAAGAUGGCUUUCAUUUUGAGAACGAGGACCAGCGCGCAUGCGUGCCCAACAGGGAGUGUGGAAAAGGCUAUGGCCAAGGAGAUUAUGGGGUCUGUGUGAAAUGCAUCGACUUGCAGAUGUACUCCGACUCCGUUGACAGGAAAGAAAAAUGCAAGCCUCUCACCAAGUGUAAGACGAAAACUGUUGUGGUCUUUAUUCUGUCAGCUCUAUUGUUUGCUUCUUCGCAUGUAAAAUCUUGUGACGAGCCACAGAAACCAACCAGCGAAGACUCCGCUGACCCUAGACUGUGGAUUAUCGGGGGAGGAAUAGCAGGAUCCAUCAUCCUUAUUAUCAUCAUCAUUUUUAUAAUAUACAUCAUCAGACGAAACAGUUAUCGUCGACGAAAGUUUGCGCAGAAGCCGUUGUCACCUGACCAGCUAGAAGAGCUGAAGCAUCGCAUUCUAAAGGCGUGUGAAAAGGAAAACACUCUGUGUAAGAAAGUCAUGUCCAAGUCAGUAUUUAUAGUGGAAGAGCGGAUAGACAGACAGAUUUGGACUCUGGCCCAGGAGCUGUACCGCUCGCACCCUAUACAGGGCAAAUACGAGCUCGUCGUGGAGAAGUACAAAGAAAGUCAACACAAAUACGCAGUGAACGGAUAUCUACAGGAGUGGAAGCUGUGGAAAGGCGAAUCCAAGGAGUCGAUAGGUGAUCUCUUCAAAUGCCUUAGUCAGUGCAAGCGGGAUGACAUCGUCUACGAAGUGUGUAAUGCACUUCGCAAUGAUGUCGGCAUGGAGUUGGACCUGGAGGCGCAGCUGGACGUGAACGAGGCGUACAGCAAGGGCAAACAGAACCAGCUGGACGAGUUCGUGUCUGUCAUGUGCCCCUGUGGGCGCGAAGCCGACUCCAAGCCCAGACCAAAGGUCAAGGAGGUUGCUAUGGAGAAGGAGAAAGGUGGUGAGGCCAGCGACAAGCUGCUGGAGGCGCCCCCACGCGACAGCGACGCCAUCGAGGCGCCACCUGGUGCCGGUGACGUCCUCUGCUCCUCCCGCCCGACCCCCACCGCCCCUGUCAUCGACGACAGCACCAGCGGCGUGGCCUUCGCCGACGGCAGUGGUGUUCCAGGUGUGCACAUACAGUAUUCGCAGCCCAUGCAAGCACAUCGUAAAGCUGGCGUCACGUGACUUCACCAGUUCCAUGGCCGACAGUCACCGGGAAACGAAGAGUCUGGACUCGCGCCUGGAAGAACUCCUCUGUGGCUCUCGCAGACCGAAACUAGCUGUGGUGCAUGACACUGUUGUGGUUUCAAUGUUGGUUAGUGGACACUAGCUCCCACUCUUACCCAACCCCCCAAUCCCCCAGCCCCGGGAAGUGGAGUGUUUGGGGGUUACUGUCGGUGGGUCAUUCUUCACCUGACGAUAAUAGCUUACAGUAUUGGUCCUCUUAUUUGUAAAAUUUGUGAACUUGAGGGUGACUAGCAGGACCUCGACUUCCUGUGUUGAUACGACCAGAUGGUCACUUUGCCAAGCAUUACCUGUGACUCGGGAUACUGUCGGUUAGAAGGUGAGGGUCUGAGAACCUGUGGAAUCGGUCUCAGCCUUGAGACACUGCAUGUGGUUACUGUGAUACCAGUUCCAUCUUAGAGCGGCUCGACUGCAUGCCAGUUGAACUUCGUCUCACAGAUACCAGAGAGGAAGGAUCUGAAAUCCAGGGUUUGUCGUGAACAUAACUAUAAGCAUCAUUAAUUGAAAGGACGAAAACUUUCUCUUUCCAUUGUCUCCAUUGGUGGUUAGCGCAAGUUCGAUAACAAAACGGUAUUUUAAAGUUUGAAGAAGGGUCUUGAACCCCGAGAGAUGCAUUCAGUAGGGUUGAAGGUCGCAGCAGUUGUAAGUCUAGAUGCGGUCAAGCAAACACUGCCGACAAAAAAAUAUUUACAGAAAGAAACGACAGGGUCAUCGAUUCUGAAAUUGCAUCGAUUGUUAUUUGAGGGUUUUAGUUUUACUAAUGACUGGUGUAGUUCUAGGAUGUGUUGUCAGGGCUGUGUGUUGACCACGAUUUUAUCCGAAUUCUCACUGUAUCGCAAAUAAGAAUGGUUGUUUGUUGAGAAAAGCCUUGAUUCCAGUUGCUGGGUGAAAGUUCACGAAGUCAGUGAGGUGUCAACUGCUUUGAUGCUCUAGAGGUUUCGGUAGCAAUGCGGUUUCUGAAGAUAGAGAAGUCCACAACAUGCAACUGUUAUACAACAUCUAUUCCAAGGGAAAGGGCAAUAUUCUUUCGGGAAUGUUGAAAGAAAGUGGAACUAUUUUUCGCCUGCUUGUACUAAGAGUAUAUCAAGAAACGGAUAUUUUAAACACGAAUUCAGACAUGAUUUUCCCAUCAUCUUGCAAGAAGGAAAAAAACUUUUACCACAUGCAUGUGGAGGAAACAAUCUGUGUUUGUCGUACCAGUGUGAAGGCAGAUAAAGGUAAAGAAGGAAAUGUAAAGUAGAAAUUUUGAGAUGAGCCGAAAGGACUAAACAGAAAAAGAACAUUGGUAGUCUGCAACAGGCCGAGACCUACCAGGUGAGGAGAAUCUGAUGGUAAUUAACUGAAAGUCGCAUUGAACAAAUCUUCCAAAUGUUUGUAAACUCAGCACUUAAAUUACAAAUGUACCUUCCUGAAAACUACAGGCAGUUACAUUGUUCGCAUGAAUGAUUUCUCCACGGUUUGAUGUCGAGUGAUGAGGACAAAAAUAACUCCAGAGAAGACAUCAUCGAUGAUGCAAGUGAUGAAGGUGAAGGUUCACGACACUUUGAGGCGAUUUCUGGGAAUUGUUUUUCCAAAACUUAUUGUUUCGUUUUGACAUUUGCUGUUUAAGCGAAGGGGACUUGUUAAAUAGCUUUCAAGGAAAGGUGUAUGUGGUAGUGUGUAUGAACAGUGAAAAUUGUGUAACAAGUGUCAAGGCGAAUAGCCUGAAACAGAUUGCUUCUUAAUUUUUUUAUUGCUUACAUUUUAUCAUUCAUGUGACAGUUAAAUAGAUUGCAGCUGUAAGAAAAGAUUGGCAUUUAACUUUUUUUCACUUCUGAAUAUUUCUCUCUUUCUCCUUUUAACUCGUUGUAGUUACUGUACAACAAAAGCCAGCAUGCUCAAAGUAAAAGUUUAAAAAGUUCAUUUUAAUUAUAAAUAUUUUUCAUUCUAUUUCUCGAAAUGCACUUUCAAAGCAUUUAUAUCAAAUCUUAUUAGCAUGACAUGACUGUCAUCCACUGUCCUAAUAAAUCACUAUUUUAUUAUCUUAUCAACAAGUUUGCACUUCUCACAUAAGAUCCGACUUCCUAACUCUCAAUGGAAACAAGUGUAGAUGUACAUCCAAAUUUUCACCUUUGCCAUGUCUUUACAAGUUUUCAGUGCAUGUUUUUGAACUAUUACAAAUAUUUUGUAGAAAACUCUUGCUUAAAAAAAAGCAAAACAAAAGUAAAACUUUUUCGAUGCAUAUCGGGCUCACGUGCAGCGCUAGUCACGUGAGUUCACCGGUCAAACAGUAGCUUUACCUGAUCGACAUUCUCUUUCAUCUUUACAAUCCUCUUUUUAAAGAUUUGCUGUAGGCUUUCGCCUUUACAGUUUUAAACUUGUCUUUUUUUUUAAUUUUGAAUUUACGGCCUUGUGAACAAGAUAAAAGGCUGAGGAACUAGCACGUGUCGCUUACGAAUGAUUGUGCCAUUAAAUCACGGUUUAGUGUUUUGUCCGUUGUUUUCAGUUAAACUGUUAUGGUCAGGCGCGAUAAAAUGGAGUAGUGUACUCCAACUUCCAACACUAUGCAUGGUGCGUCUGCUGCAAGUGGAAACAUUAGGUCUGAAACAUGUGCAUCUUCAAUACCUGAGUUACAAUAGGUGUGUUUCUUAUGCCGAUAGGUAGACAUGGAUCUUUGGAAGAAGCCUAGGUCCACAGACAGACAUGCUAUAUCCCAAUAAAUUUUAGAAAAAAAGACACAUCGACACUCGUUCAGAAUCGUUUUCAGAUUAUUGGUUUUUCACACAGAAUACUAUCGUCAGGGUUAGGAUCGGCAAAAGCCGCAAAAACUAUGUAAACAAUUUUUUUUUUCCCUCACAACAUGCACAAAUAUAUUCCUUUGGACCUUGUAAUGGCAGGAGGAAGUACCCAUGUCAGACAUUUUGCAAAUUUGAGUGCUUUAGAACAAAUGGUGUUGUAGACAUGGUGCUACUCUCAUUGUGUGUCUGUGUGGUAUCUAACAACAAGACAAUGCCAUUCGUUAGUAUCAUUAAAAAAUUCUCUGAGAACUUGUGUCGUUUUACAACUCACAGGUCAGAAGUCCUAGCUCAAACAUCAGAGAUUUUCAGCCCUUCAUCUGCAGACCUUUUGCUUUUCCAAUAACACAUUUUCUCUUGUGUCUUUUUUGUUAAGUACCUUUUAUGUUUGUAUUAUCACAAAUUUGUGCACUCUGUAUAUUGAUGAUCAAUGAAGCGAUCCACUCCAUCCAUAUUUUUGCCUCCUACCAUCCCCCCAAAACCCUUUCAUAUUCUGCUGCUUUAAAAAUGUUCUUAGCAACUUAUUGCUUCUCUUCAUGCUUUAUUUUGUUAGUCCUCUUUCAUCGUUCGCUGGUAAUAAAGCGGUCACUGAAUGUCAUCGACAGUUUCUGUCACAUGCCCUUUGACCUGCCGCAUUUAAUAAUAGCACUCCCUGCGUCAGCUGACCUGGACAGAAAAGAUGUUUUUUUUUAACAUAUUUUUCCAUUUAUUAUUUUUAUUAAGUGUACAGUGUGCAAUAGUACAUGUAUUCCUCCGCAUUGAGAACUACAGUAAUUCAUGGUCUGUGCAAAUCACGAUUUCUGGCUUCUACAGUCCACACGUCUAGUCUCGUGAGAACAGAAAGUGUUCAGUAAUACUGGUGCAGCAUGCAAUUCUUUCUUUAAAGCUUAGGUUUAUACAAGCUUUGUUAUCAAGAGGGUGACAUUUUGUGUUCAUGGCUCUCAUGAAAAUGAAAGCAAUUUUUAAGUUGUUUUGCUGGGGUAUUAGUGUACAUGUUCUAUUAGUUACAAGUUUUUGGACGAAUGAUUACAUACAACAGCAGCGACGAUGUCAUACUGACAAAAAAAAAACUUAAAAAAAAAUGCUUGGCAGUGAAAACUAGUCAUAUCACCAACUUGUUUGGGUUUUUGUUAAAGUUUUGGACGGUGUUUGAUUUCAUCACUGACCAAAGUACAAAGCAACAAAUCAGGAAAAUGAUCACGACCAUUUUGCGAGCUUCUCGUAAGGAUUUCUGUGUCAGAUAACGGUCACAAACCGUUCCCCACUCGGAAUCCCGCCAGAAAGUGACCAAUCAAAUGCCAGAGUUUGACAAGAAUCGAAGCAAGACAAAAACGAAGAUGUCAUCAAAACCGCAAAUUUUAAAAAGGAAAACUUAACACCUGUCAAAUAUUUUGUACAAGUUAUGAUUAAAGAAGAAAUAGUGUUUCACAGGCUAGUUUACGAAGCUGGAGUUCAUUCGUGUUACUAUAAAUAGACGAAGGGGUAACGAUCUUGAUGUGUCAACUGCCGUCUGGAAUUUUGUUCUCACCUAUCUUUAUGUUGCUGCUUGGUAUCUUUGUCUUGUGGUGCUUAAGAAUCCAUAUAUUUUAACAGGCUGUUGAACCUAAACUAAGGCUUAUGUAAUUGUAAGUGGUUCCAGGUCCCACAGUUGGUUUGGUAUUAUCAAACUAUUUUUCUUUUUUUGCUGUAGACUGUGUAAUGUCUGCCUGGCAGUUCGCUUCUACAGUUAUUGCAUUGUGACGGAUUUAAAGAGAAGACACAUUAAUGCCAACUUUUUGCAGUGUUGUAAACAAAUGUUAAAACCUUUAGAUACAAUGAAAAUCGAAGACUGGGUCCAUACAAACCUUUAACGAGUUUUUUCGCACACGUGAUUUAUCGAACACUAAAGACCGUUGCUGGCAUACAAGUAUAUUUGUGUGUUUGUGUGUCCGUUCCAUUUCCCAAAAAAAAAAGGUCUUGUAAAGAGAAUAUUGUCAGUUGAAAAUUAAUUUUGACAGAAUGUUCUGUAAAUGUCUUAUCCGACAUUUAACUAAAAUUGAGAAAAUCCUUGGUUUUUUUUGUUUUUUUUUUUUUUCCUGUGCCCACGAAUUUACUAACGGGUCGUGAGUGAAUCCAUUAACAGAAAAUACAGUUGACUAUUGUUUGCUUCACUGGCAUAACAACUGCACAUUAAAAUAACAUCUUUCUAAUGUGUUGCUCAGACAAACACAAGUCAUUGGAGUUUUUAACUUUUUUCUUUCUUUUUUUUUUCUUUUUUUUUUUUUAAGUUCGUGAACCUCCUCCAUCCAAGAUGUCACUCGAAAAGAAAGUAAAAUCAUUAAGAAUUUAUUGUUGCUGUUGUUAUUGUUCAUCAUGAAGGUCUUUCGCUGGAAAAAUACGAACUUUGUUGUUUUCAAAGGCUGUUAUACUGAGUUGUAGUUAAAUAGCAUCUCUGUUUGCUUAACGGCAACUAAACAGAAAAAAAUGAUAUAUGUAAUUCAGACAUUGAGCAUGAAACAUGUUUUUGUUCAGUCUCCUGUUAAUACUGAAUGAUGUGAUUGCCCCAGUACUGGGAGGUUCAGUACAUUAAAUGCUUCAGUAUUCUCUUUGCUUUAAUCCGCAUUAGAAUGAAUGAGGCUUGACGGGCAUUUGAUUUAUGCAUCAGCUUAUUGUGAUGUGGGAAGAUGCGUCAAAUUAAUUGUUAAUUAAAUUAAUUGUUAACUCCGACCAGUUCGUAUGGAGACUUUUAAAUUUAGUAGUGCUUUUAAUCGUCCCUGUGGUUUUGUUUAUGCAACAACAACAAAAAAAAUGUUUUUUCCCCAUUUUUCUCAACUUACCGCUGAUUUGUAGCCAACAUUGGAAUCGAACCAUCACCAUACACAUUCGCUGUGCAAGUCUUCUGCGUGCUAACGUUCUAUUACUGUAAUUAUUGUAAUUAUGUACACCGUAUUUUACGAUGAUCGUAUGCUCUGUCAUUUUGCGAAAUAAAGCCAACUAUUUUUCAGUAAAA